AUGAGUAAUAUUAUUGGUAUACUUGGCGGUGGAAUUGGAGGUUUGGUGAGUGCCUAUUAUUUAGCACAAAAAGCAUUAUUAACUAAAACAAAUAUAACAAUUUUAUUAUUUGAAAAAUCAUCACGUUUCGGUGGUUGGAUUAAAUCAAAUCAUUUAACUAAAACUUAUGAUAAACAUAUAUUUGAGUUAGGACCACGUACAUUACGUUUAAAAUCGGGUUUUUCAUCAUUAUCCAAUUAUCCAGCAAUAAAUACAUUAGAAUUACUUAAAAAUUUACAAAUAUUUGAUACACAAUUUUCUCCAAUUGAAACAAAAUCACCCACAUAUCGUAAUCGUUUAAUAUAUUAUCAAAAUAAAUUAAUUAAUUUAGAAAAUUUAUCGAUAAUCUAUGGUGGUAAACCAUUAAAAUUUCCACCUUUUGUCUAUUUAUUAUAUGAAUAUUUUUCACCAUCAAUAAAAGUUGAAGAUGAAUCAAUUCGUUCAUUUCUUCAUCGACGUCUUGGAGAUAUGUUAAGUGAAGAUAUUGUUGAAUAUUUAUUAGAUCCAUUAUUAAAAGGUAUAUACGCUGGUAGUGUAAAUAAUUUAAGUGCUAAAACAGUACUAAGAAAAUUAUUUAAUUCUGAACAAAAAUAUGGUUCAGUAAUAGCUGGAUGGAAUAAAAUGAAGAUUAUUGAUGAUAAAGAACAAUCAAUAUUUGAUGAUUUACAACAUUCAAAUUAUAAAGAUCUUAUAAAUAAAUAUUCAAUAUAUUAUUUUAAAGAUGGUAUGGAAAUAUUAGUUCAAACACUUAUCAAAUAUUUAAGAUCAUUACCAAAUAUUCAAUUAUAUGAAAAUGAAGCCAUAGAAAAAAUUGAAUUUUGUCAAAAUUCAACUGUAAAAUUAAAAACAAAAUUAAAUCGUUUAAUAAAUGUUGAUCAUUUAAUAAGUGCAUUACCAUCUUAUGAAUUAGCAUCCAUUAUUAAUAAUAAUAAUAAUUUAAAAACAGUAUUAAAUCGUAUUCCAUUUGUUCCAAUGAUUGUUGUGAAUUUAUUAUAUUCAAAUAAAAAUAUAUUUCCACAAUCGGCAUUCGGUUAUCUAAUACCAUCUAAAGAAGAAAGUUAUCUAUUAGGUGUUCUAUUUGACUCAUGUGUAAGAGAACAAACGGAUAAAGAGAAAAUGGGUAGUCAAUUGACAGUGAUGAUGGGUGGUGCAUGGUAUGAUAAAUUAAAAUUAAAUCGUUAUAGUGAUGAACAAUUAUUAAAAACUAUUCAAAAUGAAUUAAAGAAACAUAUAAAUUUAGAUGAAAAACCUAUACAUUAUCAGAUAUCAAGAUUAAACAAUGCUAUACCAAAUUAUAAUGUUGGUCAUCAAAAUAUUCUAGAUGAUUUAGAUACAAUUAUAUAUAAGGAGAAUUUACCAUUGACAUUAGUUGGAAAUUCAUAUCGAGGUGUGGGUAUCAAUGAUGUUAUAUACGAUGCACGAGUAGAAAUUGAAUAUUUAAAUUUAAAGGAACAACGGUUAAUUCAAAGACUCGAAGUAAACUAA